AUGGAUAUAUCAGCUAUUUACGCAAUUACCGCCGGCGGUGUCUUUGCUGCGUUGGUUUUUGCCCGGAUCAUCUCCAUCCUUGUCAAAUGGACAGAUCUAUUCUCUGUCCUAGUAUCUCGACAUCUGACUAUCCCUUAUUUUGUUCAUAGACAUCGGCUCUGGGGCCCAUGGUCACGAGCCAGUGUUAUCCUUCACGUGACAUAUGCCGCAAUGAAUAUCUUCCUUAUCCUCUUCAGAAUAACAUCAUUAACCAGUGCUGGCCGCCGGGCUGGAGAGUUGGCCUUAAUCAAUCUAGUUUUCCCUUUAUCCGCCACGCACCUGAGCUACUUAGCUGAUCUUCUUGGCAUAAAAUGGCGCACUUGUUGUAGGAUUCACCGUGCUACUGGUUGGAUGACUAUUGUUCUGGUGUCAUUCCACAUAAUCGCAAUGAUACAGGACCAGCAAUUCAGCUUUUCACUUUAUGAAUCACAAGAUAUGUUUACUUUGAUCGGUGCUGCAUCACUUGGUAUCCUUGCUUUGUGUUCAAAUACGUGGUUUCGUCGGUGGUCCUUCGAGAUCUUUCUCCGAGGGCAUCAGAUCCUGGCUGCAUUAUUUGUCUAUGGCACCUUGCGGCAUCUUUCAGACGAAAACGCCCCCCUAAAUCAUUAUCUCUGGAUUUCGUUGGGGGCCUUAGGGCUGACCUCAUGUUUACAGCUAAUGAUCUUAUUAUAUCGAAACGGAUUAUUUGCAGGCCGCGGUGCUCCCAGGGCUCUCGUAACGUUCACAUCCAAGAAAACAAAUGAGGACAAGCUCAUAGUGACAGCUGCCCGGGUUCGUGUCCUCUUACCUCGACCGGUGCAGGUCGAGGCCGGGCAGUAUAUCAACAUCUGGAUACCAUCGGUAAGUGUACGGUCGUGGACACAGACUCAUCCGUUCACAGUCACAUCAUGGUCCCGGCAUAGGCAGGACGUCAUGGAGCUUCUUGUACAACCACGCCAUGGUUUAUCCGCGGAUCUCACCCGUCACGCCUUAGCGGCCUUAGAAAGCUCUGUUUCUUUCCUGGCCCUAUUCACUGGCCCUCAUGGAACGACUGAGGAUGUCAGUCAAUACGAAAGCUCAUUGUUAAUCGCCAGUGGAUUUGGGCUUGCCGCGGUGACCCCGUAUAUUAAAAAGAUGAUCUACGGUUAUAACACUUCUACUCUACUAGUUCGCCGACUGCACUUAAUCCUCAAUGUAUCUAUAUACGUGAGAAGUGGCCUUGCAAAUGACAAAACAACAUUUGGGGAACACAAACGAUUCUGCCUUUACCAGGGCACGCCGGAUUACGAAAGCAUUAUCGCACUCGAGGCAUCUGGCGACAUGAUUGAAAGGCUGCCGAACAUCCAGCAGGAGCGAGGCCGGACGUUGGUUAUGAUUUCCGCGGCAGAUGACCUUCGAGAUCACAUACGGGAGAUCGUACGAGGCUACCUGCAUCAGGGUGUACAGCUUUCAGAACUGGAAUACCAGCCUAAUGAUGGUUGAUGGAAAAAAGAUGAGGACGGUUCGAAGCGUUCCGUAAAGUACGGC